UAUAAACAAAUUACAUCAUGUCGGCUGUCACUCGCUGGAUUGGUUUUAAAAUAUCUUUUCAACAGGCAGAAAUGUGGCCUAUUCUUUUGAACUUUUUGCGUGCUAACGCUGCCUAUAUUACCCUACCAAUUGCUGGAAUAAUUGGCUUCAUUGGAUAUAACAUCGAAAAUUUUGUAUCUGACAAAUACACGCCCUACAGUCCUUCCAUACAAGAAAAAAGGGCCGAGCGAAUCACGGAUGAAGGAAGUCUCAAGGACGCUACGAAGGUGGAAAAGUUAGUCUACAAGGAAAACGUCUUAGGACGGAACCUUUCACCAUCGCUGGAAACUAAGUAGAUAGUUGCAAGAGAGAUUAGUAACCGUUAAGUUUUUUUUCUUGUAUAUAAAGUUGAAAUUUCAAAUAGCAACAUAAUAGAAUUUUUAAUUUUUCCAUAUUAGAAUCCAUUGAUUACUAUUUUUAAUAUGUAACACACGUGAUUGAAAACUUUGAAAAAAUUCUUCAUCUAAAUACACAAUCUCGGUUUAUGACAAUUUA